AGUUUACACGUAUUCAUAUUCCCACCACUCUCACCGGCCGGUGAGAGGAACAAAAAUUUUCUAAAAGAUGGCGUUCUCGUCGACCUUGUCGUCUCCCCUUAAUCUCCCGAACAAAGUCAAUAGCCUUCCUAGUUUCUCACGCAACAGUCAAAGCCUAAAAUUAGCACCAGCAUUCGCCAUUCCGCCUCUCUCCACCGCCGCCGCCACCGAUAUCGCUGGAGCAAUCGAUGGAACCACCAUUGCCGUGAUUGGCGGCGGCUCCGUCGCGGCACUUGCUGCCGUACUUUCUCUCACUGACCCCGAGAGGCGUCGACAGCUUCAGGCGGAGGAGGUCGGUGGCGAUGACAAAGAAGUUGUGAAGGAAUACUUCAACAACUCCGGCUUCCAGAGGUGGAAGAAAAUUUAUGGAGAUACCGAUGAUGUUAACAAGGUUCAGCGAGACAUUAGGGUUGGCCACGCCAAGACUGUUGAGAACACCUUGCUGAUGUUGAAGGAUGAAGGUCCGGUUCAAGGAGUUACAAUCUGUGACGCUGGCUGUGGCACUGGCUCUCUCACUAUUCCUCUCGCCAAAGAGGGCGCCAUUGUAUCGGCGGCGGAUAUCUCCGCGGCCAUGGUUGCUGAAGCUGAGAAACAGGCGAAAGAACAACUUCUAGCCAGCAAAGAUGGUUCAGCACUAGUAAUGCCAAAGUUUGAAGUUAAGGAUUUGGAGAGCUUAGACGGGAAAUAUGAUACAGUGAUCUGCCUAGAUGUCUUGAUUCAUUACCCCCAGAGUAAGGCUGAUGGGAUGAUUUCACAUCUUGCAUCAUUGGCCAAGAACAGAUUGAUUCUAAGUUUUGCACCGAAGACAUUUUACUAUGAUUUAUUGAAGAGGGUUGGAGAGCUGUUCCCAGGGCCUUCAAAGGCAACAAGGGCCUAUCUCCACGCAGAGGCUGAUGUAGAGAGGGCGUUGCAGAAGGUUGGCUGGAAAAUAAGGAAGAGAGGCUUAAUCACCACUCAAUUUUACUUUGCCAGGCUUGUUGAGGCUGUUCCUGUGUAGUGAUGAUGAGAGGUAAAUUUUGAUUAUUCUACUUGUAUAAUUUAGAGGGGAAUCCUAAUGUAGAUUGUAAGGCCUUGUUUUCUGCCUUGUAUGCGACCAUUCUCUGCAUGUAAUUAUAUGUAUCUUCAUAGCGCAGGUAUUGAUGUACGCAACUACGCAUCUUAUUCUCAAAAGAAGAAAAACCAAUUUGAAAUUAAACAGUAACUGAUUCGUUGGAUCUCCUUGA